AUGGUCAAAAUCGUGAUUUGCGGGGCUGGCAUUGCAGGCUUGUCCACCUACCUCCUAUUGCAGAAGCAUCUUAACGAAGCGUCAUCAUCAUCAUUAUCCCCAUCGCAUGAGAUAAAGAUCUAUGAGGCCUACGACAUUGACAAGCACGGUUUCAAGGGCGCGAACCUCACGACUACAAAGGGAAGAAGCAAAACUUCUCCAGCCAUAUCCCAAGACCUCUCAGUGGACCAACCUGUGCCAACUUCACAGACAAUCGGGGGCGCCAUCGGGAUUUCCAAGAAUGGCCUCAACGUCUUAUCCCGCAUGGAGUCCUCUUUUCCCCAGAAGUCGCCGCCGACCCACCAUGAUGAUGACAGCGGUGAAGCGAACAGGACAGGUCUAAACUGUGGUCUCGUCAAGGAGGUGGCUCGACGUGGUCACCCCAUCGAGAGAUGGGAGAUCAGCACCGCUCGAGGCUGGACAAUCGUGGACGUCAACCUCAUUCCACGCCAUCUCCGUGACUCAGAUACUACUAGCAAUGGUGAUAAACGGAACGCGUCAAAGCGUGUACAAUCUCCAAAUGCGAAAAAGGCUCCCUACAUGUAUCACAGCGUGAUGAUUGCACGCCGGGCGUGCUGGGAGAUUCUGCGUGACCGGGUCCUUGCACUCGCACCUGACGCCGUGGUGAAGAAAAAGGUGGUUGAAGUAUCAAUUGGAGACUCUACGAACCCUAGCACGCUGAAGUUCGAGGACGGAACUGAAGACUCGGCAGACCUAAUCAUCGGUGCUGAUGGGCUGAGAAGCAUCGUUAGAAAGGCGAUGUUUGAGAGCGACAACGGCAAAGGCGGCGAAGCAGCCCGUGCUAAUGUACGUCACAAUGGCCAGCAGAAUGGAAGCUGGAUCCAAGCAGCUCUCCAGUGGCUUGGUCUCUCGAGUAGAUCCCACGCAAAGGCAAAGUCCGAAGGAUGUGACUACAUCACUCCACAUUACGAGGGCCUCGUCGGUGUCGGCGGCUUCGUACCAUCCUCCAUUCUAGAAUCGACCGGCCACAAACCAGGAACAAUGUCGAUCGUGUUCGGCCCGAACGGUUUCUUCGGGUAUGGAUAUCUGACUUCGUCGACCACGCCUGAUCUGUCUUCGCCUGCUCCCGAAUUCGAUCCACACGACUCGACGACGGAGGCUGUGAAUCGAAUAUCAGACGAAGAUAUCAAAACCAACGGGACUCCUCGACCAUCGAGCGUGCCCGCCACCUCCAAACCCGGCGCUGUCGCGGGCUGGUGGUCGACAUUCUCCAGCUCGACGCCUUACCCAUACGCUGUUGCUGCCGCUGGUACCGGUGCUACUACUAGUACCACUACCAACGUAGAUGAUGACCAUGCGACCGCACCGCUCUCAGUAGAAACAAACCCAAACAAGCCAACCUCCUUCAACAAACCCCUCGCCGUCAGCGCCUUGACCUCGCGACACAAGAAAUGGAAAAACCCCAGCAUCACCGCCAUAGUCAAUUACGUCGAGGUGUCCUCUUCCUCUCCUCCCACCACGUCCACAUCUUCCCAAACACCCCCGCCCGCCAUGGCCCUAGACGCAAGCUACCCAACCUGGACCACCCCGGAGCUCCCGCGCUGGACCGUCCGCGGCCGCGCGGUGCUAGUCGGCGACGCGGCGCACGCGCUGCAGCCGUCCUCGGGCCAAGGCGCAUGCCAGGCACUCGAGGACGCCGAGGCGCUUGCCCUGUUCCUGCGGCAUUAUCUCGGGGCCAGCACGGCGGCCGACAGCACGGCGGCCACGGCAACAGCAACAGCGGUCGCAACAGCGGUCGAACAGUACGAAAGGCUCCGUAAGCCGCGCGUGCACGCCAUCUACGCGCGCAGCCAGCAGAUGAGCCGCAUGAAAGGCGACAUGGGCGUGAUCCUGGAGUGGGCGAUGUACGCGAUGAUAUAUCUGAUGACGUGGUUUCGCGAUGAUUACAACGACGUGCUGUUCGAAUAUGAUCUGCCUUCGGAAGUUGAGAAGGCGACUCAGGCUGCAGAGAAGGGUGCCUAG